GGCACACCGACUCAGUACACAUUCUGUUGUUUACGUUUACAUACGGUGGUCGGACGCACAGCAGCGUACUGCUAUUCUCGCGCGUAAUCGACUAUCUGCCGGUGGCUAGUCACAAAGUGUCGUGUUUUGCUUAUUUCAUGUGGGCUUUUGCACCCGCAUGCAAUUGUAGUAAAAUAAAAUUAAAUCGUGCACAUAGUGAAAUUGUGCUAAAAAUACGCACACAACAUUUUUACAUUUCAUGUUUUGCAACGCAUUUCCAGUGUGUAAAUUUGGAAGCAAAUAAAAACAAAAAAAUAAAAUAAAAACAGAAAAACAGAAAAACAUAAAAAUUCUGCUCGUACACAUUAAAUGCACAAAAAUACACAAUUUGCAACAAUACUGAAAGAAACUGAAAGUAAAAUCGCAUAAAAUAAAUAUACCGUUUUUCUAUUACAACUCUUGGUUGUUUUGUUUGUGUAAAUGCAUAGCCUGAUAUUGCAUAUGCGUUAAUAUUUUUAUUUGUAUUUAUUAUCGAGCAACGGGUUUUAAGUAUCACAUGCAAUUUGAGUUUGCAUUUUGAACUAACGGGUUGCGCUGACAUACAGAUAUACCAACAAACAAACACACGUGAAUAUAUUCACAUAUAAACAUUUGAAAAAAGUGCCGACGACAGGUUUGGUUAAAUUGUUGACGAUUUAUCCUCUCGGCCAGCACUUUAUGAGAAUAUUCAAGAGAUAAUGGCGAAUAGGCGAACCACAAAUUAAAUACAGAUUUAUUCGCAACUUUUUACAAUUUUAUAUAAAGGAACUAUUGAAACACACAAAAUCCAAUCCAAAGAACAAAUCUACGAGAAAAGUAGUACAAAGCAUGGUACUUAAGGACAUACACGUCCGUGAAAAUAUCAAUAUGGAUAAUCAUCGUACGACGACAACACUUACCCACAAUACACCGCCGACCACCACGUUCACGACGCGUCGCGGUUACACCUUCUCGGGUACAACACUCUUUCUGAUCGCCGCCUGUUUCGUGUGCACACUACUCGCGGUCAGUUUCAUCAUUUACAAUGUGGCAACGUGUGAACAGCAGCUUACACCGUUACCGGAUGAGGAUGUCAUUUGUACGACGAUUAAGAAGCAUGUACUGAAUCCGAACAAAGCCACUGACGAGGCUAAGGCGCAACCACACUACGAACGUGACGUACGCCUGCCACAAUCGAUGAAGCCGCAGAAAUAUAAUAUUUCCCUGGUACCCUACCUGCUCAAUAAUAAUUUCACAUUCGAAGGGGAGGUGCACAUACAAGUGAUUGUGCUGGAGGACUGCUACAACAUCACCAUGCAUGCCACCGAGCUGAAUAUCACUAAAAACGAUGUAACGGUACGGCAUAUUGGCACAUCGACGGCGACGUCGGCAUUGCAGCCGGCUUUGGCAGAGUAUGCGCGGUAUGUGCCGGAAAUUGGCGGCGCCGAACUAAGGAUACGCAAACAAUACAUGCUCGAGAGCAAGCAAUUCUUCAUAAUCGAACUGUAUGACAAACUAAUAAAGGGUGGCGUGUACGAGAUAAGCAUCCGGUUCAGCGGUCUAAUACAGGACUAUCUGCAGGGGUUCUAUCGCAGUUCGUAUCAAGUGGGCAACGAAAAGCGUUGGCUGGUUUCCACACAGUUUCAAGCUACUGAUGCUAGGCGCGCGUUCCCCUGCUUUGAUGAGCCGUCGUUGAAAGCGAACUUCACACUGAAAAUAGCAAGACCACGCAAUAUGACCACGGUGUCUAACAUGCCCAUCGUGUGGACUAAACAACAUGAGUCGCUCUCGAACUAUGUAUGGGAUCAGUUUGCCGAAACCCUGCCCAUGUCCACAUAUUUGGUCGCCUACGCCAUUUCAGACUUCGAUCACAUUUCCGACGGCAACUUCUCGGUGUGGGCACGAAAGGACGCUAUACAAUCGGCGAGUUAUGCGCUAAGUGUUGGUCCGAAAAUUUUGAAAUUCCUGGAAGAAUAUUUCGAUUUGCCAUUCCCACUGCCAAAAAUCGAUAUGAUAGCGCUGCCCGAUUUCCAAGCUGGUGCGAUGGAGAAUUGGGGUCUGAUAACUUACAGGGAGACUACAAUGCUCUUCGAAGAAGGCGUCUCGGCUACAACCAACAAACAGCGCAUUGCCAGUGUUGUUGGACACGAGUUGGCGCAUCAAUGGUUCGGCAAUCUGGUAACACCGAGUUGGUGGUCAGAUAUUUGGCUGAAUGAGGGCUUCGCCAGUUAUAUGGAGUACAUAACAGUUGAUGCCAUACAUCCGGAUUGGAAGACACAAGAUCAAUUUGUGGUUUCCGAACUGCAAAAUGUUUUCCAUUUAGAUGCGCUUUCUUCCUCGCAUAAAAUAUCGGUAGAGGUCUUUAAUCCCGAUGAAAUUUCGGAGAUUUUCGAUCGUAUCUCUUACGGCAAAGGUUCAACCAUCAUACGUAUGAUGAGCCAUUUCUUAACUUCGAAAGUCUUCCGUCGUGGGUUGAACAAGUACCUAAGGGAAAUGUCCUAUCAUGCCGCUGAGCAGGAUGACUUGUGGCGCUUCCUAACAAAUGAAGCCAUUUCUGCAGGUUUACUGGAUCGCAACACCACCGUUAAAGAGAUCAUGGAUACGUGGACUUUGCAAAUCGGUUAUCCCGUACUCACCGUUACACGCUCGUCCAACACACACUCCAUACGUAUGGAACAGCAACGUUUCAUAUUCUCAAAUCAAUCGGAUGCUGGCGACUCCGAAGAGAAUGACAAUCCACUCUGGUGGAUACCCAUCACAUACACCACUUCAAAGGAGUUGAAUUUCGAAAACACACGUCCGAUUACUUGGGUGCCACGUAGUGAAACGUACGAAGUUGAGGAUCGUAAUCUCUCGACAGCCGAGUGGUUUAUUUUCAAUAUCCAGCAAACCGGUUACUAUCGCGUCAACUAUGAUGCCGAAAAUUGGAAAGCCAUUACAACACAUCUGAUGCAGCCGCAGAAAUAUAAAAGUAUUGCUCCAUCAAAUCGCGCACAACUAAUAGAUGACGCCAUGAAUUUGGCACGCGGUGCAUAUCUGAGUUACGAGACGGCAUUGAAUUUGACGCGUUAUCUCAAACACGAAACGGAACAUGUGCCCUGGAAGGCAGCCAUUACAGCAUUCAACUUCAUCGACUCCAUGCUGGUGAAUCAGGGAGACUAUGAUCUCUUGAAGAACUACCUUCUGGAUCUGCUUGAAAAUGUCUAUAAAGAGGUUUCGCCGAAUAAUUUCACCGAUGAUGCUGAUGAGGGCGAAGACAUGCUCAAAUUAUUCAAACGUGUGGAAAUUCUGAAUAUGGCCUGCCAUUUGGGACAUCGUGACUGCAUUUUAGAGAGCGCGCGACACUUCCACAACUGGAUAGAGGUGCCCAAUCCGGAUACCAAUAAUCCUAUACCACCAAAUCUACGCGGCAUUGUCUAUUGCACGGCAAUACAAUAUGGCAACGAAUUCGAGUGGGACUUUGCAUUCGAACGUUACCGCAGUUCGUCGGUCUCGACGGAGAAGGAACUAUUGCUCAGCGCGUUAGGCUGCUCGCUCGAGCCAUGGAUCUUAUCGCGCUACUUGCGGCGCUCUAUCAGUAGCGAGGACAUACGCAAACAGGACGUAUACAGGGUGUUCGCGGCGGUGUCAAGCAAUGUGGUGGGCCAACAGAUCGCCUUCGAUUUUAUGCGCAACAAUUGGAACGAAAUCAAGACUUACUUGGGUUCCACAAUGUCCAAUAUAAACAUGAUACUGAAGUUCGCCACAAAACGCAUGAAUUCAAAGUUCUUCCUCGCCGAAUUGGAGUCGUUCAUCAAAACCGAUGUUAAGGAUAACGGUCGUUCCAUACAACAAAUUCUCGAACAGGUGCGAGUCAAUGUGGACUGGAUGGCACGUAACUACCAGGACAUCAUACAGUGGCUACAACGUGAGGCUAUCACAAGGCAACAACAACAACGAAAUGGUACUUCACCAGCCAUUCACUAAGUCAGCAGCGAGUUUUUUUUUAAUAAAAUUUUUAUUGUUGUAAAAUAGUAUUGUAUUUUACAUGCGCACAUGCAGAAUGUCAUCAUCUUCGUGUGUGUACUUCGCGGUUGCACGAAGCUGUGCGACAGUGCAUUUUCAAGUAUUCUAUGUAUGUAUGUAAGUAAUUUUUGUAAAAUUUGCAGCGUGUGUGUCCGCCAAUUGAACCCAGUCCAAUGUAAACAGUAACAAUUUUCGAAUAUAUAUAUUUAUAAGUACAUUUGUGCAUAUCCACAAGCACAGACACACACACACAUAUUUAUAUGUAUGUGUGUUUGCAAAAAUAUUUAUAAAAGAACUAUAAAAUUUUGUCAUAAUUACUCGAGUUUGUCUUCGAACAUGCGCACACCAAUACAUACACACACACACAUGCAUACAUGCAGCUAUUUUAUAUGGUUAGUCUUUAAAUAUAUUUUAAGCAACAAAUUAUGCAUAUUAACUUUUAGAUGUAUUUUUAUUUAACUUAUGUAUAAUGUGAAUGUGUAAAGUGUGUACUUAAUAUAAAUGAAAAAUGUUUA